GAGAGAAAAAUAAUCCAACUCUCCACUUUGGUCCGCCAAUUUCUUGAAUAACUCCUAUCUGGAGGCGACGACUUUUUUCUGAAACUUAUGCUUCCUCCCUUCAUUCUGUCUCCGAUUUGAGGGGGAUUUAGAUGGGCAAAUCCGUUUGAGCGGAAUCCCAGAAAGUUGGAGACGAACGCUGAAAUGGGUUGCGGGAAUUUGUUCUUCUUGGUUCUGGUAACCUUCUCUGUUGCUCUAAUUACCUACAACAUCAUCAUCUCUGCUAAUGUCCCUCUCAAGCAAGAGCUUCCUGGUCCAUCAAGAUCUUCAUCUUCCAUUACUGUGGACCCUGUGAUUAAGAUGCCGAUGUCUAAAUCCAAAACUCCUUCCUCCAAGCGACUGUUCCAUACGGCCGUCACUGCCUCCGAUUCGGUGUACAACACUUGGCAGUGUCGGAUUAUGUACUAUUGGUUCAAGAAGUUCAAAGACGGACCUAAUUCUGAGAUGGGUGGUUUCACCAGGAUCUUGCACUCGGGGAAGCCCGACAAGUAUAUGGACGAGAUUCCCACCUUUGUUGCUCAGCCUCUCCCGGCGGGGAUGGAUCGGGGCUACAUAGUUCUCAACAGACCAUGGGCGUUUGUGCAAUGGCUUCAACAAGCGGACAUCAAGGAAGAUUAUAUACUCAUGUCAGAACCAGAUCAUAUCAUUGUGAAGCCUAUACCAAAUUUGUCAAAGGAUGGGCUUGGGGCUGCAUUUCCAUUCUUUUACAUCGAGCCGAAGAAGUAUGAGAGUCAACUAAGGAAAUUCUUCCCAGAGAACAAGGGUCCGAUUACCAACAUUGAUCCAAUUGGGAAUUCACCUGUUAUUGUUCAAAGGGAGUCUCUCAAGAAAAUUGCUCCCACUUGGAUGAAUAUUUCCUUGGCAAUGAAGAAGGAUCCUGAGACAGAUAAUGCGUUUGGUUGGGUUCUUGAAAUGUAUGCUUAUGCUGUUGCUUCCGCUCUGCAUGAUGUUGGUAACAUCUUAUAUAAGGACUUCAUGCUUCAGCCACCGUGGGAUACAGAAGUGGGCAAGAAGUUCAUAAUUCAUUAUACUUAUGGAUGUGAUUUCAAUAUGAAGGGACAACCGACUCCCGGGAAGAUUGGAGAAUGGAGGUUUGACAAGAGAUCAUAUGAUAAUGUCGUCCCCCCUAGAAACCUUCCUAUGCCGCCACCUGGCGUCCCCGAAAGUGUGGUGACACUUGUGAAAAUGAUUAAUGAAGCCACAGCAAACAUUCCGAACUGGGGAUCUUAAGAAAGUUCUGUUACACGUGCUUGAAAAGUAUGAACACCCGGUACUUAAUUCAAUUCUUACACAAUAUAAAUACGUUUUUUUGGAUAUGUAUUGAUUAUAGGCAAAUUUUUGAAAUCUGUUUUAAACAUUGGUUGAUUCUAGUGCUAAAAUAAAUCUCAUAUGUUGGAGAGGGGAACGAAACAUUAUA